AUGACAACCGUUGUCGCCGUCUCGAAUCCUACUCCACGGGCGCAGGUUUUGGGAGUCUCUGAUGUAUCCUUCGACGAGUGCUGCGAGGGGCGCUUACUAGGCGGCGACCAUUCGAGUGACUGCCCAAGGCUACGUCGCCUACCUGGUCAGCAUGACCAAAUGGCCAGAGACCAGGAGGUGGCCAUGGCUAUGCAGGAUCUGAAGGAACCAUCGAAUCUGAUGGCUGCCAUAUCCACUCGACAGAGCAUUGCAUGCCAGGCGCAUGACAAGCGCACCCAGACAUGCCGGGAACUAAUAAGUCGAUUAGAUCACAGAGUGCAACCUGGUUGUGCUGACAGAGACGGCGCCGUCUUGAUCCACCGCCUGGAACCUCAACAUGCACAUCCAGGACAACAGAGGGAGCUUUGUCCAGAGAAGAAGGAUUGGAUCCAGUUGGAAGAGGCGCAAGUGCGGCGCUGGGGUACCAGCAAAACCAUGUUACCGCAGUACCGGGUGCUGCACGCGCGGCGCUCUGCUCGGACGUCGCCGAGGACAGAGAUGCCAAGGCCGUCUCCACACACCGUUCAAGCUCGCCUUCCAAAGAAGCCCCGCUCCCGGCCAAGUUCGGUAACCCCGCGCUCCCCUCGCAAAGACGAAGGACGGAAGCGGAGCGAACAGGAGGCACCCGUUCGCAGUCUAGCUCGGGCCAGGUGCUGGCAAAAAAUGGGCUUCGCAAAGUUUCCUUUACAUGUGGCCUUGGCCAUCCCAGACUGCCCCGAUGCCGACAGGACCCAGUCAGGGCCGUGGCGCCGUGCGUCAGAUCGAGCCAGCAAGGAGAUUCGAGCUAGCAAGUCCGCGACUCCGUUACGCGAGGCACGGCGUGCGUUGGAAGCCUUGGCCUCCGCUGCACUGGCUGCGACACUACGUUGCUCGCGGAGCCAAGAACUGACAACCUGCCUGCUUCGAAGGGUUCUGGCCGAGUCUGCCGAGCUGGAGCAGCUUGCAGAAUUGCUGCGUGCUCCGUCAGCUCCUUCGGCUUCGCUCCCGACCGCUCACGCCAGAGUAGUCGAGAUUCUCGAGGAGGCGAAGGAAGCCAAUCGCCUCCUUGGCCAAGCGCUGCGAGCGCUGGGUGCCGACGGUGCCGAAGGACGGCGUUGGGGCAGGCAACUGAACUUGGACUUGGACCAAGCUUUCUCGACAGAGAAGCAUAACGUGGAGAAACUGACCAAACGAAGAAUGGAACCAGCAGAGGUGGCAAAGCCCGGAACUCCAGCUCCUGAUGAACCAAAUGCCAGGUGCACGGUGAUGGCGGCACUCAACGAGUUGGUCUCCGGAAUGCGACAGGCUCUGGAUGACAUCCAUCAGCUACGCCAAGAUGCUGUGAGUGAGUCAGGUUUCAAGACGUGUGAAGCUAACUCCACCCUGGCUCUUGGGAUUGCCUGGCCCCUGCCGUCUCGAAUCGUCUCGACCUUUGAGCUGAUUGACCACGUCCUCCUUGCCUCCCUUCCUCAAGCAGAAGAAUUCCAUCAGGCGGAGGCUGCCAGAGCUGAGGCCGCCCUCCGAAUGCCAGACAUUACCUACUCUGUGGUGGAUCCUCUGUGGGGAGAAGUGACCACAACCGAGGCGCCAUCAGCGUGGUUUCGGCUGCUUUUUUGCUGCUGUCCAUGCUGCGUCGUGGGCUGCAGUACGAAAGAAGCCAAGCGUGCGUGGGUCAAGUUCCUGUGCUCGUGCUCGUUUAUAUUGGCCGUUCUUCAGGUGGCAAUUCUCGUUGCAGUCAUUGCAGUGGAUGGCGGCAUGGUCUCCUACGAGGAGAACCCAAUGCUCGGUCCCAAGUUCAACCGUCUGGACGAAGCCGGCGGCAAGAAUGCAGCCAAAAUCUUGCUCCAUGGAGACUGGUGGCGACUAGCAUCAGCGACGAUGCUUCAUGCAGGCUGGAUCCACCUAGCUGGCAAUCUUGUCGUGCAGUUGCAUGCCGGCGUCCAGCUGGAAGUCAUUUGGGGCCCCACUGCUUGGCUAGUGGUUUACUUCGUCAGCGGCAUCUAUGCAAAUCUGCUAAGCUGUGUGCUUCAUCCAGACACCAUCGGCGUCGGAUCGUCUGGUUGCCUUUGUGGACUUAUCGGAGGUUGGCUGAGCUUCAUUUUCAUCACCUGGAACCAGACGCUGCCGUCUGACAUCAAGAUGAGAAACGCACAAGUCACGUCUAUCGUCCUUUCGAUCCUCAUGGUGCUGGUGUUCAGCUUCCUGCCCCUCAUGGACUUCGCUGCUCAUGUUGGCGGCCUUCUGAUGGGCACAGGUACCUCCAUGGUCAUGUUUGGAAGCAGGCCAGUUGUCGGUGAAUGGAUGGUUGUGCAAAUUCCGGGCUGCAGUGGUGGGGCUCCCCGGCCCGACAUCACCCAGUGA